AUGGUGAACUCGAAACCAGUGUUCGAAAUCGAUGGCGGUAAUGGACCCGUUCUGGCAAGUUGGCAGAAGUUCAAAGCGCACUACCUGGUUACCACAGGAUUGGAUCAAAUUGUUCACAUCUACGAUCGUCAAGGAGCUCAUCUCGACAACAUGGCCCUAGCCGGCUUGUGUUCCGGGCUGGAUUGGCACAAGGACGGCGACACCCUCGCGAUAAUCACGGAUCGGUCUCCGUCGAUCUACUUGUGGGACUCGAAUAGUCAACGAGUGACGCAGGUCGACACCGGAAUGAGAGACACCCUGACAUUCGUCUCCUGGGGUCAGACCGGAGCGUUCCUCGCUGUCGGAACUUCGAAAGGCAACCUGCUCAUUUUCCACUACAGAACUUCUCGGAAGGUCCCGAUAUUGGGAAAGCACUCGAAGCGAAUAUCGUGCGGAGCGUGGAGCAAAGAAAACAUUCUGGCUCUAUCAGGCGAUGACUACACCCUGACAGUGAGCAACCAGGAAGGAGAUACCCUGUCGCAAACUUCUCUCAAGAACGAGCCGUUCCGACUCAAGUUCGGUAGCAACAACACCUCACAGUCGCAGAACAUCGUGUCUUGUGUUUGUGCGAAGAAAACCCUCUACCUUCUCGACAUAUACGAUACGGACAAUCCGACGCUCCUCGGCUUCCAAGAGAGAUACGGAAACAUCGUGGACUACGAGUGGACGCCCGACGCGCUCAUCAUCCUCGGUUUCACCGAGGGCUUCGUGGUUGUGAUAUCCGCGAUCCAGAAGGAAAUCGGUACGGAGCUGUACCAGGUGCGCUCCCAUCGAGAGGGUCUCGUAAACUUGACAAUCUGUCGGGAACAUUCGAAAUUGGCCACGGCGAGUGGCAAUCAGGUCAAAAUAUACAGCUCGCACGAUCUCGACGAAGUCGAGCAAAUUAUCACCACGGAGGACCCUGUCGAAUGGCUGCAGUGGACCAGCGAUGCUCAGCUUCUCGCAGUGGGGACCACGAGUAAUAUUUCUGUUUAUCUCACGAAACUGCCUGUUCUCGGGGACAGUUUCGAGUCUCGAUUCGCCAUCCUCUCGUCUCUGAUGGAAGUCACCUUGGGCGACGUUCUGGAGCCCGCGGCUGAACGCACAAUCCACAUCGACGUCGAGCCUCUGUACGUGGCUCUGGGUCCCUACCAUGUUGCCGUUGGAAUUAACAACCGCACGACCCUCUAUCCGAUAACAGACGAACGAACUCGGGUCACUAAGGAGUUCCUGUCCUCGCUCAAGCGUCUGAAGCUCACAGCCGAUUACGCCGUCGGUCUGCAAGACAACAAAAUUCAGAUUAUAGGGAUCGACAGCGAUGAGGGGAAAAUGUUCAACAACGUGACGUGCAUUGACGUCACGGAAAACUUCCUGAUCUACGGAACCACCCAGGGCGAUAUAGAGAUGUUCUACUUCCAGGAUUUCGCCAGCGUCAACCAAUUUCGUCACUCGUGCAAAGUUCUCGAUCUGUUCGCUCAUCCGUCAGGGACGAAAAUCGUGAUUCUCGAUGAGGAGCAGCAGGUUUUCCUCUAUACCCCGACCGACGACCACCUGAUCCUGAUCAAAGAAACGCCGCCAUCGAUUGACGGCGUUCUAUGGGAUCAGAGCGUGCUACACGUAUUCAUAAUUUACGACAGCAAACAGUUUUUCCUCUACUCGCACACCCACGAGGAGGUCUUGCUGGCGGAUAAGAUUAAAAUUCCGAGCGGGCUGAAACCCCUUGUGAUGCUCAACGGCAUCAUAACCUGUCAGACGCAGAACGGGAAGAGCACGAAUUUCAAUAGCCAACCGAUAGAUCGAACAGUCUCAGGAAUAGCUCUCAUGAGGAACAACCUGAAGAACGCGCUCAAACUGCGCAAACUCGAUGACGCCUACAACAUAUGCGAUAACAUGAACAGCCCCGACGAUUGGAAACUACUCGCGAACGCCGCCAUGGACGAUCUCGAUAUCGGCAUGGCGAGCAAGGCUUUCAAGAGGGCGGGUGAUCUCGGAAUGGCGUGGAGUCUGGAGACGGUGCGGCACGUCGAAGACAUUUACGAGCUCGAGGGUUACAUGUCGCUGUUCCGAGGGGACUUCGACAGAGCUCAGGACCUUUUCAUCAAGUCUUCGAAUCCCAAAGCGGCUCUCCAGAUGCGGAGGGAUCUACUUCAUUGGGAGCAAGCAUUGCAGCUCGCCAAGCAUCUAGCGCCGGAGGAGAUGCCGUUCAGAGAGUACGCACAGCAGUUGGAGCUGAGCGGCGAUUAUCCGAAUGCGUUGUCUCAUUACGAGAAGGGUCUCGAGAGAGGCGACGAGUUCUGCAAAUGGGGAAUCGCGCGGACCUCGGUUCGAUGCGGUGAUUCACGGAAAGGCGUGGAAAUGGCGCUGAAAAUCGGUGAUCGAGGCUUGUUGAAGGAGUGUGCGUCGAUUCUUGAGUCCAACAAACAAUUUUUAGAAGCGGCGGUGCUCUUCGAAAAAUCAAAAUACUUCGAAAAAGCCGCUGCGCUCUACGGGAAGGCUAAGAGCUGGGGCAAAGUGGGCGAACUACUUCCUCACGUGACGUCGAACACCGUCAUCCUCCAAUACGCUAAGUACAAAGAGAGCGAGGGGAGCUACAAAGAGGCUCUGGAAGCCUACGAGAAAGCCAAAGAUUUCGAUAGCAUCAUCCGCGUAGAGCUGCGUCACAUGAAUAAUCUGGAGCGCGCGGCGAAACUCGCUCGAGACACCCGAUCAGUCCAAGGAGCGAAAAUUGUCGCGGAAUAUUUCCAAUCUCAGAACGACAUGUCCUCAGCGAUCGAGUUCCUCGUAUUUUCAAACUGUGCCGAAGAGGCGUUCGCGCUGGCCCAGAAGACCCGCCAAAUGGAAAUCUAUGCCAGUGUUGCCGAGAACGAUUACGAGCGCGUAGCUCAGUACUUCGAGGAAGAGAGAGACAAUUUGAACGCCGGAAAAUAUCUUUCCAAGUCAGGCCAAUACCACAAAGCGUUCAAGUACUUGAUGAAGGCCGCCGCGAACGACAACAACGACGCGAUCGAAAUCGCCGUCGAUACCGUAUGCUACGCACAGGACAAGGAACUCGCUACGAAAUUGAUGAAUUUCCUGACAGGAGAAACAGAUGGUAUCCCCAAAGACCUGCGCUACCUCUGCAGACUCUACAUAAACCUCGGUCGGUACACCGAUGCUGCGAAGACGGCCGUAGUGAUCGCUGAAGAGGAACAGGAGACUGGCAACUAUAAAUUAGCGCACGACAUCUUACUGAGCAUGAGCAAACAAUUGAACGAAAACGAUAUCGCAGCCCCCUUGGAAUUGGUGAACUCGCUCCAAAUGCUGCACAGCUACAUCUUGGCGAAAGUUCACGUGAAGCGAGCCGAUCACUUGCGGGCAGCGAAAUUGCUCAUGAGAAUAUCGGAUAAUCUCAAGCGGUUUCCCUCGCAUGGGGUGAAAAUCCUCACAUCCACAGUAAUAGAAUGUCAAAGAGCGGGUCUGAAAGGCGCCGCGUAUAAAUACGCCUCGAUUCUUCUGAGGUCGGAAUACCGCGAACAGAUAGAACCCAAGUACAAAGACAAGAUGGAAGCUCUGGUAAAGGGAGCUUCAAUUAGAGAACCGGAAAUCGACGAUCGGUCACCUUGCGAAAAAUGCGGCGAGCUUAUAUCGAAUUAUCUUCUGAGCUGCAUAGAGUGCAAAUCCCCACUCGCGAUGUGUAUCGCGAGCGGACGUCAUCUGACUGGACGAGACGAGUCCCAAUGCCCGCACUGUCGGUUUCGCGCAUUUACUGAAGAAUUGAUGUUGAUCCUGCACGACCUCGGGAUGAUUUGCCCUAUGUGCGAGGGUGAGCUCAAUCUCGACCAAGUGGUGGUCCCGGCCUGCUGA